UAUUUACAUAGACCUCUCAGCUCAAGACGCUCUUUCGACUCUGACCUUCCUCUCCGUCCCCGGGUCAACUUCAGACAUUAUGAUCUCGGCCAUUUCAGAGUGGACAGCCAGUGAGCUCCCGCCAGCUAUGAGAGCCGUCGGAUACUUGAUACUGGCGGCAUUGGAUGAGGUCCCACUACCAUUCCUGGUCAUUGGGUUUGUGGCUCUGCUAGCCAUGCUGCAGUGGUCAUUCCCUCGUUCAUCUCCCCACCUGCCGUUCUAUUCGCCCUCAGCCAUCGAGAAGGGACGACUCUCACCACUUCCAUGCACUCCUCCCUCGCUCUAUCCAUCUCAGCGUGCCUCCUUCAACGCUUGCUCACCCAUCUUUUACCCCAGUUUCGAGAAUGGCAAGCCGCAAUACAUCGCCGUCAUUCACGACUCAUCUUCCCGUGUCAUAUCUGAAUCUGGAACCUUAUCACCACCUCGAUCCGGAGGUGCAAGCAGGAGAGGGAGCAAGCAGAACUGGAGGACGAAACUCGGCGUUGUCGACGAGUCACCAGAGGAGAAGUUUGAGGUUUGAGACAAGACUGUGAGACCAGCGUCAAUCCAUGUUGAUCAUGGUGUGU